AUGCUCAAGAAGGUGGAUCCGACGAAUGAAGUUUUGGUGUCAUAUUUGCAAUCCAUUGAUACAACUGUCGUUACAGGGGUGUUACAUGAAGAAGAGAAGAAAAAGCCUAAGAAAUCGAAGAAGACAGAUGGUGGGUCUUCGAAAAAAGUGGUGAAGGCAGAAAAGAAGAAGAAAAGUCCAGUGAUUACAGCUGAUACUGUCGAAGAGGUAUAUCCAAUUUUAACCGCAGUGGUUGAUACACCAAUAAUCGAAGCGUCUCCAUCGACAGAAACGAUUCCUUCGAAGACGGGUGUUUUUCGACGUAUCAAAAUAAAGAGAAAGUCUCAGCUGAUGAAGAAAACACAAGUCACACAUCAAGGGGUCACAGUUCGGGAAAUUCCAGCUCCGGUGUCUCCAUCAUCUAAGAAACGAAGGGCUGAAGAUCUUGCAAAAUUUUUGAAGAAGAAUCAAAGAAUUGAAGAAGUCGAGCAAGUUCCCGAGACACCAGAUAUUAAACUUCAAGAAGAAGCGAAGACCAGUCCGCCUGUUGGUCUAUCGAAGGCUGCUGUUUCGAAGCCUCUUGAAAUAAAUGUGGGCAGUGGUGGAGUUACAAGCAUGGAAGUUGAUUCAUUAAUGAAGGUGAUGGAAGGAAGGGUGAUUUCGAAGGCAUCAAGGUUGAUUCGGGAUUCGGAGAGUCGUGUUCUUGAGAAGGUUGAUCAUAAUGAUAUUUCUACAGAGAAUCGAAUCAAUUCUCUGAGAUUUGAUUUUGUGACAGAAGUAAAGGAUCUAAAGAUUGUUACGAAGGAGCGUCAUGUGCUCUUCGUACAAGAAGUCAAGAAGGUACGUGAAGAUGUUAACUUGCAGAUCUGA